CCUGUUGUGUUGAACUUGAACUUGAACUUGAAUCACGCUCCCUCCCUCCCUCCCUCUCUCAACGGUUCUUCAAAUCUUCUGUUUAAAUCUUCAAACCAUUCCCUCCAAUUCUCCAUCUCCAACUCCAUAAAUCUCUUCCUUCUUUCUUUCUUUCUUCAUUCUCCAAUUCCAUCUCCUUUCACAUAACCAACCAUACCUAUGGCCGCCAAUCUUCAUCUUCCAGUACCUGACUCUUCUUCAAACGCUUACAGCCGGAAGCAGAAAUCUCUCGGCCUCCUCUGCUCCAAUUUUUUGAGACUGUAUGAUCGAGAUGAUAUUCAGUUGAUUAGCCUCGACAAUGCCGCAUCUCGGCUAGGUGUUGAAAGACGACGGAUCUACGAUAUUGUUAACGUUUUAGAAAGCGUUGGUAUUCUGUGUAGAAAAGCGAAGAAUCAAUAUCGUUGGAUAGGAUAUUCUGGCAUUCCUAAAGCACUACGGCAACUUAAGGAAGAAGAUUCGAAGGGAAACAGCUCCGCUAUAGAUGCCAAUGACCGUUCAAGUUUGAUAGAUGAUGAAGAAGAAACAUGUUCAGAUCUCACAUCUGUGAGCCAUGAUUCAAUCUCUGUCAUAUCUAAAUCUUCAACGUCAGUGAGAUGUGAGAAUCGGAGGGAAAAAUCUCUAGCACUAUUAACGCAGAAUUUCGUCAAGCUCUUUGUCUGCUCUAGCGCCCAUCUGAUUUCACUUGACGAAGCUGCAAAAUUACUGCUUGGUGAUGGUCAAAAUGUAUCAAUAAUGAGAAGCAAAGUCAGACGCCUCUACGACAUCGCGAAUGUGUUGGCAGCACUUCAUCUUAUUGAAAAGACACAAACCGAUGGUACUAGAAAGCCUGCGUUCAAGUGGCUAGGAUGGAGAAGUUUAGUCGAAAAUUGUCGUGCAGGCAAACUGAUUCGAUGUGAUUCAAAUAAAAGGAGCUUCGGAAGCGAUAUAACUAACAACAACUUGAAGAGAAACAGAAUGCCAUAUUCAUUUGAUCUGAAUAAGAGCCCUAAUUCCCAGCAACAACGGCACGUGCAGCUUGAGGGUUGUGGGGUUGAAGUAACCGGGGGCGAUUUAGAGAGGGAUCUGAAUUCUAAGAGCUUCAAAUUUGGACCCUUUUCACCCAGUGUUAGAGUGGAAGCUAGAGCAUCAAAAAUUGAAGCAAAACAGAGUCGUAAUAACUGGGUGAGCCUCGCCUCGACUUACUGUCCUCAGUAUCAGAAUCAAGGUAUGUUCCAUUCUAGUUUCUCUUUCAAGAACUCAAAUUCACUAACUUUUGAAGAUAAAAGUAAUCAUACAAGUAGUUUCCAUUCACAUGAUUUUGCAGCUUUAAGAGAAUUAUUCUCCCAUUACAAAGAAGCAUGGAACUUAUGGUACUCUGAAAAAAAAAACAAAUCCCUGAAGCAUAAUUCUUGACAAUCAAAAUCUAUUAAGUAUAGCAUUGGAGUCAUCCUUUGGAUGAUUUUUUUUUCUUUCUUUCUUUUUUUUUUUUUUUUUUGUAGCUUGGGAUCUCUUGUUAACCAACAUCUAUCAAGUAUAGCAUUCAAGUCGUUCUUUUGAUGAACUGAUUUUUGAAGCCAUAGGGUGCUUAUACGUUGGCUGUGCCAACUCCGAUCUCCGGAGGCCAUCGUCAUGGUGUAUUAUACUACCAUUGUAAGAUAGUUGUGCUUACAAAUGACUUGGAAUAGCUAGUUUAUCUACAAAAAUAUGUAGUUAUUUUGUCUGUAUUUUGCAUAAUUGAAUCAAAGAAGUAACCAAUUUUAAAUA